AUGAAUCAGCACAGCAUGAACAAGUUGGCGAAGAAGUACGUGAAGAAGCACAAGAAGCUGCUAAAGGUGGUGAAGAAAAUCACGCAGCUGGGAGAGCAGGAGAAGCAACAGGGGGUAGGAGAUCUGGCCGACCAAGGAAGUAGUACUAGUCCUACCGCCGCCGCUACCGCAGAUUCCCCAACGGACAAAUGGAAAUCCUCGGAGAUUAAAAAAAAAAUUAACGAAUUCAUCCUUUUUAUUGGGAACCAUAUUAGCAAGCUAGACGAUGUGUGUCCAGACAAGGAGUGCAGCGAAAUUUUGAGCAGCUCCGGCUGGGACUAUGUUUCGAAGUUUCUGGGAGAGACGAGUGAAACCCUCAAGGAGAAGUAUGCACAAGGGCAACGUGAGUGGCAGGCGAAGGAGCCGAACCAGUUAGAACAGAGCAGGGACAGUGAGGAUGGAGGAAACUUCCAAGGGUCCAUCACAGAAGAUGACCUCGCAACAUUCUUUUUCUCCAAAAGAAUCUCCAGCAUGUGUCGCCUACAUGGGGUGGAGGAGGCAGAAGAGGAAGACGAGGACCAUGAGGACGAUGAUGAGCUGUCACACGACCAGCCCAAGAGGGCCAAAUCAAUGACAAGCAUCAAUUAUGAUGAAUUGCAGGGAACCACCAGUACAUUCACUGUUAAUGGUAGAACGAGGAGGAGUAACAACUUCACUGGAGGCGAGGAUAAUCAGUUCGCAAAUGACUCCAAUGGGGAUUAUCCGGGAAUGGACAAUCUGGAAGAUGAAGAGGGGGAAGUGCACUGA